AUGGCGGCCUGUGUAGUCUUAUUUGUGCCAAUGGCUAUGGCGGGAUGGCAUCUUAGUCGUAAUAAAGUUCUCUUCUUCAGCGGUGCUCUUUUCGUCAGUCUCGCUGUAUGUAUUCACCUCAUUCCUUAUUUCCCUUCUGUUUUCCCCUCUUCUCCGACUGUUCUGUUACAACAAGAUCCCACUCCUUGCAUUUCUUUAAUAAACGAGAAAUUGAGUCGGAUCGAUGUCUCGGACCUGCUAAACGGUUCAUGGAUCGUUGUCGCAGGCGAUUCACAGGCGCGAUUGUUUGUGGUUUCGUUGUUAGAUUUGGUUUUGAGUUUAGAUGAAAUGGAAUCGAUUCAGGCUGAUUUGUUUAAAAGACAUAGUAAUUAUCAUAUCGUGGUUGAAGAAAUUGGGAUGAAAUUGGACUUCAUUUGGGCACCUUACGCUACUAAUCUCACUCAUGUCAUUACAGAUUUCAAAAGAAACAAUACUUACCCAGAUGUGUUAGUAAUGGGUUCAGGUUUAUGGCAUAUGUUACACUUCACAAACUAUUCCGAUUACGGAGUUUCAUUACGAUUUCUAAGGGAAUCACUGAUUCCAUUCCUUCCAGUGGGAUCUGAUUCUACUCGGGGAUUCCAUUUGUUUUGGCUAGGCAUGCCAACUUUGAUUAACAGAAUGCUGAAUACAGAAGAGAAAAGGGUAAAGAUGACAAGUGAGAUGUGCAAUUUAUAUGAUCAAGAACUUUAUAAAAGCAAGAUCUUGCGUAAAGAUGGUGGUGUGUUUUUGUUGCUAGAUGUUGAGAAUUUAAGCAAAAAAUGUGGGGUUGAUUGUUCGUCAGAUGGGAUGCAUUAUAAUGGAGUUGUUUAUGAAGCUUGUGUUCAUGUUAUGCUCAAUGCAUUGCUUAUUGAGUCUCAUCAAAAGCUAUGA